AUGGUGAAGGCUUUCGCUGAUGAUAGUUCGGAGUCCAAGAGCAAGAUACCUCGAUCCCCGGAGAUGGGAGGAGAGUGGGGUAGAAAAAUUGGUGACGUCCGUAUUUCUUAUCAAGGUGAGAUCGUCGAGAAAGGGCAAAGGUUGACCUUGGAUCAGGUGUUGCCUGGGCCACCUCCUGAAGGUUAUGGAGCAUCUCUACCAUUGGUGGAGCUGUGUGAGGGUGAAGUAAGAGAGAAGCUCCUAAAUCUCUUGGGGAAUAUUCUUCCUGACGAAGAGAUGCCCCAAGAGAUCCCUCGGCCCCAGAUCCAUGCCACGAGGCAGGAGUGGGAGAAGAUUGCAGCUGAGCGGUACAAGAGGGGGUUGGUGAAGACGGUGGAGGCUCCAGUGUUGGUGAGAGAUAGAUUCCUGGUCAAUGGCAGCUUUGGAGUGGUGAAGCCCGGCAAGUUUUUGGAUGAUGAACGUCCCAUCUUGAGAUUGAUCAUGGACUUUAGGGGGACAAAUGCUGCUACCAGAGUUCUGGAAGGCGAUGUCAGGAGCUUGACAGGAGCGCCCGCCUUGCAGCAUGUAGUAUUGCCGGCCGGAAAAGUGAUCCGAAUGAGUGCCGAUGAUCUGGUGUCGGCUUUCUAUUUGUUUGCACUGCCACCUGGAUGGCCAGAGAUGAUGACGUUUGCCGAGAAGGUGCAGUGGAGGAGUUUAGGUUUCGAUAGAGAAGGUGAAACCUAUUUUGGAGCGGCCGUACUGCCGAUGGGAUGGGCCUCGGCAGUUGGGGUAUUACAGCAUGCCCGUCGAAGACUGGCCCUGAGAUCCCCUUUGCAAGGCGGAGGAGGCCUCCUAGGACAAUGCGAGAUUCGAAGGGACAGUGUCUUCCCGAAUUUGGAGGAGGAAGACAAGCUAUGGUCGCUAUACUUGGAUGACACGAGCUUGUAUGAGAUCAUGGAGGCCCGAGUUGCGGAAGACUUGGAAGGAAAGAGCUCGGAGGAGCAGGAGGCUCUGCGGCGAGCUUAUGCCCACUGGGGGAUUCCCUUCUCAAGGGAGAAAAGCUUGCAGAGGGCAAGGAGGGCCGAACAAUUAGGUGCAGUGGUGGACGGUGACAGUGGCGCCUUAAAAGGUUCGACGAAGAGGGCCCUCGACAGCUUGUCUUUCAUUUUCUGGCUGCUGCGGCAAGAGAAGGACAUUGCGGACGGCGAGGUGCUCAUCCCGCUGAGUGGGAAGUCAGUUGAGGAAAUCCUGAUGGCAGGAUGUAGCCAGGCCCUGAGGGUGACAGAUUUACGAGCUAAGUUGCAUGAGGUUGUGACUGCAUCUGAUGCGAAGGAGACAGGAGGUGGAUCGGUGUACGGGUCAAAGUUGACGUCCCGAGGGCUCAGAGAGAUGUGUGCCCUGGAGGAAGCGGAAGAUGAUGUAGGAGGAGAGGGUAUUAACUUGGACGAGCCGCAGAGGGUGUUGGUCUUUGACCUCUUUGCAGGAAUUGGAGGUUUGAGUCGGGCGCUCUUGCUGAGUGGUGAUUGA